GUUCCCUAAUCAGGUCCCAUCGUAUCCACUCUUCUUUCCCUCUCAUGAAAAGAGUCGUUAGCAGUCAUUCAGCUCUCAAACCUCCAGACCAAGAACAGAUAGAGUUACAAAAAUCAAAUUAAGAUAAAUAAAAAUGGCGGUUUCUUCUCUAAUCCUUACAACUCCAAAGCCCAUAGCCCAAAUUCAACGCCCUAAUCCUCCUCCUACAACCUCACUCUCCUCCUCCAAACCCACUUCCACUUGUACUUGUUCAUCUUCUUCAUUCUCAGCAACUGCAAACAAUGAAAACAAAUCUUCCUGGAAAUUUUCAAAUAUUUUGAGCAAGAAGUCCGUAAUGGAUGUGGGCAUGGGGCUGUUAGCAACUUCAAUUAUGGCAUUGUCUCCUUUGGAAGCUGACGCCACGAGAAUUGAGUACUACGCCACCGUGGGGGAGCCUCUCUGCGACUUGAACUUUGUUCGUUCUGGGCUUGGUUUCUGUGAUGUUUCAGUUGGCCCCGGCGUCGAAGCUCCUCGCGGUGAGCUCAUCAAUAUUCACUACACUGCAAGAUUCGCUGAUGGGACAGUCUUUGACAGUAGCUACAAACGAGGCAGACCUCUGACUUUGCGUAUUGGUGUUGGCAAGGUUAUUAGGGGACUGGAUCAAGGUAUUUUAGGGGGUGAGGGUGUGCCUCCAAUGCAAAUAGGGGGAAAGCGGAAGCUUCAAAUUCCUUCACAUUUAGCAUAUGGGCCAGAACCUGCAGGAUGCUUCUCAGGUGACUGCAAUAUACCUGGAAAUGCUACUCUUGUCUACGAUAUUAAUUUUGUUGGUAUCUACUCGGGAAAUAGAGCAUUGCCAGGCAAAUAGAUAGAACACGCCCUUAGAUCCUUGCAUCUCCCGACUUCCUGAUACUAAGCUUCCAUUGUUAAA